CCAGGGCGGCGCCUCUCUAUAAAAGAGUGGCCGCUGCUCUUGCGGCCCGUGCGCGCGCCGUCUCCUCUCAGCAGCCCGGUGUGCGGUCCUGUCCGUUUGCAAUCAUGCCAUCCGAACUGGAGAAUGCAAUGGAGUCCCUCAUCAAGGUGUUCCACCGCUAUGCCUGCAAGGAGGGGAACAGCACCUCCCUCUGCAGGCGUGAGCUGAAGGACCUGAUGGAACAUGAGCUUUCGGGGUUCCUCAAGUCCCAGAAGGACCCCGCAGCUGUGGACCGCAUCAUGAGGGACCUGGACGCCAAUGGUGAUGGGGAGGUGAACUUCGAGGAGUUUGUGUCGCUUGUGGUGGGGCUCUCCAUCGCCUGUGAGCAGUGCUACCAGCUGCACCUGAAGAAGCAACAGCAGCAUAAGUAGUGAGGGUGGGGGCCGGGGGCAGAGGGGCCGUGGUCACCUGUAUGGAACGUGCACUGCCAAUUAAACACACUGGGAAGCCCCAGCCUGGGAAA